UUUAUUAUUUAACCGUUGCUGCAUUUGGUAGUUAACCAGUCAUAAGUAUCCCGCAAAUGCACCAAUUUCUAACCCCAGAACCAGUCGUACAAAUCUCUUAAAAUCGUUAGAAACCGCAACCACUCGCAUCCGUAAACUCCCGCAACCGCAGCCGCAACCGCUGCGGUUGAACCAGUCAGACCCUUAUUAUAUUUUUUUGUAAUAGAAAACUAGUUAUUUUAGCAUUAGAAAACGUUGUUAAUUGUCAUCUACGCAUGAGAAAAGAUUACUUCCGUCACAAUAUUUUAAAAUUUAUCAAAUAUUGAUCUAAAAAUCGCAAGAGGUUAUUAAUUUGUAUGUUUGGAUUGGAUCUAGCACCUAACAAAGAUAAAAAUUUGUUAAGUAUAAUCAAAAAUAAAAUUUGAAUUAACUUUUACUUUUAAUAAAGUUGUAUGUAAUAUAUGAUUUAUGUGAACGCUAGGUACGCUACUUAUAAAAUCAACUUGGUCUAAUAGUUAUAAUUGUCAUAUGUAAACGCUGACCAAUGAAUGAAACAAAGCCACUUUUGUUUUUAACUAUAACCGGAGUGAAAUGAGUUUUAGAGGCCUUAGAGCAUGAUUAUUGGUGGUCCUUGCUCUUGGGUCCUUAAUACACAUAUAUUUGUAUGUAUAUAUUAUAUAUGCGUAUAUAAUAUAUACAUACAAAUAUAUGUGUAUUAAGGACCCAAGAGCAAGGACCACCAAUAAUCAUGCUCUUAGUGCCUCUCUCACAACUUUCAUUAAUAUGUAAUCUAUCCGCUCAUGCAAGGAAUAUGUUUAUUCUUUUUUCUUUUCUUUUUUUUGCUAAACAAGGAGGAUGUUUAUUCGUAACUGAGGUACUAGAGAGUUGUUCGCUCCGCGCCUAAAACGCUCUAUGCUCAGAUGCGAGUUUUUGGUGCAGAUCUCUCAUGUUAGAAGGAAGCAGACUAGCAGAGUACGUUUUGAAUGUAAAGCGUUAUAGUCACACCGCUGAUGCCUAUAGAUUGUAGAUUCCAGAAAUAAAUAAAACUACUAGUGAAAUUUCUGAUUUCUGAAACAAUAGUAAUGCAUGUGAGAAGGUUUAGGCGAUCAAACUUAUUUAGAGGGAUGUAUUCAAUUUGGAGUUUGAGAUGAUUUGUAUUAAAAUGAUAAAUCUACUGUUAUUCAAACAUGGAUUUUAACUUGUUAUUUUAUAAAACACUCUGAAAUCCAUUGUUAUUAAACAAAAUUUAUGCUAGAGAUUUUAAAAUGCUUGUUUUUAGAGUGUUUGAAAUGAGUUCUUUAGUUAUAAAAAUAAAAAUCCAAAUCCCAUGAUUUUAUAUAGGACUCUAAAGUUAUUUAACAAAAAUCACGUCAAAUUCUCAGAUUAUCCUACAAUCAUUUAAAAAUUCAUUAAAAAUCAAAUCACUUCAAAUUUCAUAUUUAAUACACCCCCUUAGUGAAUCUGUACAGCUUAAACAAUCUUUUUAAACUAUAAUCAAUAACAUAUUUUGUAUGUUAAGGUUUGUCUUAAUGAUCAAAGUAGAGAGAUAGAGUGAGGGGGCGUGUACAUUAAACGCUAACAGAAACGGAGUUGAGAGUUGUGAGAUAGAGACAUUUUUUUUUUCUGAACACCAAUGUCCAGUUUGUUAAAAGCAACAGUGUCCAAUUAUUCGAGAUGAUGAGUUAGUGAAUAUUGCCACUUUGCCACUUUAAAACGAGUAUAAUAAUGUUAUCAGGAGUCAAACCACAACGUUUAUAUGCAUUAAAAAUGGUAACUUCAUUAAUGCUGUCUUAAAACAUCGCUUAAAGUGAUUUGCUAUAUAUAUACAGUUAAUGAUAUUAGAGUCCGUUAUCAUUAUUCUACAAAAACUUAAUCAUAUUCAAUUAUUUUGUUAAUAAUUUGUUUUUUUCUUUUUGAAAAAGGCUUAUUUUGUCAAUAAUUAAUCGAAGAUCUGUUUGUGCAAUAUAUUUCGAAGAGAUUCGAAGAUGUAAAAAAGAUUCCGUAUUUUUACGAUUAUACAUAUAUUUCAGAUCAAAUACAAGAAGUUUUUUUUGUAUACAGUGUUUAGAGAUAACCGAUUCAAGUCGUUCACAUAUACAUGGAGAUAUAGAGUCACUAAUUUGGUUUACAAAAUCCUAAUAGAUGAACAAAAAAAAUCAAAUAUUCCAAAUUGUUAAUAGAUGAACCAAAAAAAAACAAUUAUUCCGCUAUUAUAAAUCCUAGUGAUAGUUGACGUUAAAUUCAGUUAACAUCAUUAACGAUAACUUAUCUUUUAACUGGUGGUUUGACUAAUUAAGUAAUUAUCAUCUGAUCACUUUCUUUCCAUUUAGGUGGUCACUACUCACUAACAUCGUUAUAUGCUUUAUUUCAGGCUAAGUUGUGGCUUCUCCAAUGUAAAAUAUUGGUUAUAUUCAGGCUUUUCUUAAAAUACCACUAAUUGAAAUUAUGAUGUGAUUGUGAUUUAUUUAUGCGAUUGUAAUACCACUACUUUCAUUUAAUUUGUUAGGAAGAAAAAAAAAUAUCUUUUAGUUUGGUUGAAAAAGAACACACAAAAUAACUUACUCCUUUCGUUCCAAGAAAUGGAAUGUUGGAUUACUAGUGGAUUAUGUUAGCCAUGCUGAUAUAUCUUUCAGAAGGAGUUUGACCAUAAGUAAACUUAUCGCCGUGAUACAUUAUAUUGAAAAUACAUUACGAAUAGCCAAUACACGGUUAAAUCUGGAUAUUAGAUAGUUUGAAACUUGUUAAAAGCUGAGGAAGAAAAAGAGGUGUAGGAGCCAAGUAUUAGUAAGCUCCAAGCCUUUGCUUGGAUGAUAAAAACGCCUCAGAAAAUAUGCCAUCUUAUAUAGUAAUUGAUAACAGGUCAUGUGGCAGUAACGAAAAAUUUAAUACGGCGUAAUAUGAAAUGCGAUAACUACUGUCCACAUUGUAGAGAACUAGAAGAAUAUGUCGCUCAUGUCAUAUUCGAGUGCCCGCCAGCUUACUAGCUUGGUCCCUAUCAGCGACACCAACAAGUCCAAAUAUCUUUCGGUUACCGAGUAUUUACACUACUAUGAAUUAUCUCUUCUAGAGAAAGAACAUAAUUGUCGAACUAGAUUUAAUUUAGAUAGGGAUCCUUAUCCUUGUGUCAUCUGGUAUAUUUGGAAGACCCGAAAUGACAAAUGUUUUAGGAGGAUAGACAAGGAUCCAUUAGAGUUAAUUCACUAUGCAGAGAGUGUGUGUCAAGCCUGGUUCAAUGCAAAUGAGAUGGUCCCAACAGUUAUACAAGAUCACAGUAUUGAGGAACCACAAGUCUUAAGCUUGGGUAAUAUUUUCAUGUUAUAUGGGUCAUGAAUAGGGAAGGGCAAUUUACCCGAUACCCGAACCCGUAUCCGAACCCGAUCCAAAAAACCUAAACCGGAUUCCGAACCGAAGUAGCUAAAUACCCGAACGGGUAUUGAAUAAGGAGAUUGGAUAUCCGAACCCGAACGGGUAAUAUACAAACCCGAAUGGAUAUUCGAAGAUAACCGAAUAUACGUAUUAGUAACGUUAUAUUUCUAGUUUAUAUCUCUCGUUUUUUUUAAAAUAUUUAUAUUGAUACUACACAUACUUUAAGCUCAUUUAAUAUACAUAUAAUUAUGGAGGAAAUAAUUUGCUAUUCACUUAAAAUGCAUGUCAAGUUUUUUGUUUCAAGAAUUAACAAAAGUUACAUCUGAAAUUUACAAACAAUAACCAAAUUAGUAUCUUUUUAGUUUUAAAAUGUUAUGUCCAAAUCUAUUAAUCAUUUAAUCUAUUAAAAAUAAAAAAUCAGUUAAGUGAAAGUUAUAUUUUUAAAUACAAGAAACUUGAAAAAUGAAAUUUUAGUUUUAAUUUUUUUUUUCAAAAUCUAAAUAUCCGAACCUGCUCCGAAAUAACUGAAUCCGAGCUAAAAAUACAUGAAUCCGACCCGAAGUACAGAAAUGUUCGAACGGUUAUACACCUCUAUACUGAAAUACCCGAAAAUCUGAAAUACCCGACCCGAAUGGCCACCCCUAGUCAUGGACAUCCACAUCACAAUUUAGUGGGUGUGAAUAGGUUUGGAUCAGGGUCGUGCCUGACUAUAGGCUGAUCAAGCACAUGCUUGGGGCCCUAAUGUGUAUAAGUAAUUUAAGGGCCAAUUUUUUUAACAAAGUCUAGUUAGUUCUAUUGGUCUUUGUUCAAUUCUUUCCUACAAAGGGUUGGAGUUUGAUUCUUUGCCCCAUAAAUUUUAAUGUUUUUCCAUAAUAAGUAAUUGAAGGGCCAAAAAUAUAUUUUGUGCUUGGGGGUCCAAAAAAGUCAGGCACGGCCCUGGUUUGGAUGGACAGUUUUAGAAAGGUUCAACUUAUGGGGAUACGAAAUUACAUUCAACGAGAGUCUGCCUUGCAUUCAGAAGUAGAAGCACUGCGAUGGAUGAUGGAGAACAUGCUUCAACAUUCGACAUGCCAGAGCUUUGGAACGGAUUGUAUGGAUCUGAUUGCCAUGAUUAAAUAACCAUGUUUGGCCAAAGCUUUACAACUGAAUAGGAGAGGAUAGAGAUCUUGCAUAUAUGCUUUCCUAAUUUCAAGAUUACUCAUACUCCACGAGUACAAAAUCAAAUUUCUGAUUCUUUACCUAGGACUCUGAAGUCUUUCCAAAAAAAGUUUUUUUAUUGAUUGUUAUGUUUUAGUCUGGAUAACCAGACCACUUUAAGUGUGAGUAAUAGAAUCGUCGUUUCUUGUAAAAAAAAAGACCAACCUUGUACAUGCAGAGCAAAAGUGAGGUGGACAGUGUUAUUUAAUUUCCCCGCUCGUGUGUAUAAUUGAUGAUAGAAUAUGUGGGGGACUAUACUAUAGUUAAAGAAUGAUUGCUUGAAUUUUUGUGGUGUCCCACUGUAGCUUGGAAACAGCUUUGCGUCCGAUAUGACGUAAGCCUCCAAAUUAUGGCGGAAGAUAAAUAACACCGUCUUUCUUGUGUGUUUAUAAUAAUAACAAAAGCAAAUUUAUUUUUUCUCUAAUUAUCUCUCAUUUAAGUUUACAUAUGCCCCCAGUCCCCAGAAAGAAAAAAAAAGAGAAGAGAAAGAAACAUGGUGACAUACAUUCGCCUGAAUAUAUGUGUACUAAUGGAUAUAUCAAUAUAUAUUUCAAUCUUACUUCCAGUUCUAUGUGUGGUCUGUGUAUUGGAUCUGAAUAGAACACAAACCGCAUUCAUAGAAGGAACAUAUGCAAAAUGUUCAAGACUGGACCGGACGAAAAAAUGAAACAAAAUGUACAUUAAUUAUUUUCUUAUUCAAGUUAAUGUGUAAUGAUUUGUGUACAAGAAUAAUUAGUAUUUUCUGUAAUGAUUAUGUAACUAUGUUUUGAUAUUUUAUAAGUUCUUGAUAUGAUUAAAAAAAAUAUUACAUUUGAAAAUAUAAAUUUCAUUUUAAAAAUAUUAGAUACUAGCACUAACUUACAUGAGAAUGGGAUUAAUGGUAUAUAUCCAAACCUAUAUUUUGUAAAUAUAGUAGAAACUCAAUAAAUUAAUAUACUUUAAAUAAAUAUAAAUGAUAAAUUAAUAAAUUUCUUAGGUCGUGAAUUAGGCAUGUGUAAAAUAUGACACAAUUUGUAUGAGAUGAUAAGAUAAAAAUUUAUGUAAUAAUAUGUUUUUAAUAUCAAUUAAUGAUUAAUUUAUAUAAAUUGUAUAUAAAUGAAAAUAAUUUAUUUAUAGUUUAUUUUUACUUACAGUGAAAUCUAUCUUUAUUUUUUAAAAUUUCUAAAUAUAUUGAUGUUAUUUUUAAUCUUAUGCUUAAAAUGCAUUUAUUUUAUGGUAAAUAGUUUCUAUACACGAAAUAAUUGAUGUUUUGUUUUCCCUUAUGGUAUUUUUGUUUAGUUUUUGUCAAAUUACCAUCAGAUUUCUAAAAAAAAAAAAUUUAUUAGGCCGAUUUUUUUUAUAGAUGGGGCCUUUAAAUCUAUUUUUAAAAGGUCAUAAGGGUAUAUAUAAGUCUCCUUGUACCUCAAAACUUAAAAACAUGUAAAUCAUUUUCUACAUUUCACAAUUUUCUCUCACACACUCUCUCAAGGCUCUGAUCUUUCGAAGCAUAAAGUUUAGGAAUUCUAGAUUUUAAGUUGAGGCGGUCUUACAAAAGGACAAACCAACAAAAAUAUAUAUUUUUUUCGCCCAGCAAAAAGUCAAUUCAUCAUGAAAUUCUCAAUCUCAGCACCGAAGCAGGUACAACCAAUCUUGAGCUUCAAAAACAAACCAUCCAUUGUCAACGUCAACUCUUUCCUCCAUCCUCGCGAAAAAGUCGUCUUCGUAAUGGGAGCCACUGGAUCCGGCAAGUCUCGUCUCGCCAUCGACCUUGCAACACGGUUUCAAACAGAGAUCAUAAACUCCGACAAGAUCCAAGUUUACAAGGGCCUCGACGUCCUUACAAAUAAAGUGACACCUCAAGAAUGUCGAGGCGUGCCUCACCACUUGCUCGGGGUAUUUGACUCGGAAGAUGGAAACCUAACGGCCACCGACUUCACUCUCCUUGCGUCACAAGAGAUCUCAACACUCUCAGCUAACAACAAGCUUCCUAUAGUAGCCGGUGGAUCAAACUCAUACAUCGAAGCCCUUGCGAACCAUUCGUCUGGACUAUUGUUAAACAACUACGAAUGUUGUUUCAUUUGGGUCGACGUUUCCUUACCAGUUCUUAACGCUUUCGUCUCAAAACGUGUCGAUCGCAUGAUGGAAGCAGGAUUACUAGAUGAAGUAAGACAAGUAUAUGAUCCCAAAGCGGAUUAUUCUGUCGGGAUACGACGAGCUAUCGGAGUCCCCGAGCUUCACGAGUACUUACGGUACGAAUCUCUAGUGGACCGUGCCACACAAAGAAAGAUGCUUGACGUAGCGGUUAGAAAGAUCAAACAGAACACAGAGAUAUUAGCUUGUCGACAGUUACAAAAGAUUCAACGCCUGAGCAAGAAGUGGAAGCCGUGUAUGCACCAUGUGGACGCCACGGAAGUGUUCUUGAAACAUAAUGAAGAAGAAGCAGACGAGGCUUGGGAGAAUCUUGUAGCGAGACCAACAAAGAGAAUCGUCGACAAGUUUUCUAAUAGACAUGUGAUGAAAAAUGAUUCUGUUGAGCAUUGUUUGACCACCAUUGGAGCGGCGUCAUACGGCGGAGGAAGUGGAAGUAGGGCUCACAAUAUGAUAUGAAUUUUUUUUUCCUAUUGUGAAAGUGAAGCUUUUUGGAGUGCGAGUUAAAACAUUUACGUAUGUGUGUGUGGUGGUUAUUCGUCGGAGGUUUUUUGCAACAUACAGGUGUGUCCCAUAGUACCUCGGGGGAAAGACGAAAAAGGUUUUUUUUUUUUUUAACGUUUGUAUAGUUGAGAUUCCCUUAUAUUAAAAUGUUUGAUACCUAUUUGAGUAUUUGACUACGAGGUCACGAUAACCGAAAGUUAUCAUUCCUUGUGCCACGAUAUCACAAUUAUGUAUAUCUUUGAUAUAGAAACAAUAUUUUGUCUUGCUUUUUGCUGUAUUUGGUAUCUCUUAGCCUUACAUUUACGCAUUCAUGUUAUUGGUUGAAGCUAAUGAACUAACUACAUAACAAUUAAACUACACCUUGACCAGAUGUUAAUUUUUAGUUUUUUUAAAUAAAUUAUUUAAUGAUAUUUAUAACCAUACAAGUUAUUUGGAUAUCUUUUAGGUUCAAAAAUUUAUAAUAUUUAGACAGAGUUUAAUUUUAAAACUAAAAAAAGAGGUACUCAAAAAACUCGAUCCGUACCCGAGCGGAUACAUGGGUGCCCUCGUCUAAUGAUUAUGUAAACAAAAUAAAAAAUUAUUUGUUAACUGGUUUGAGUUCUCGUCACGAAUAAAGCAAUUUGAUUCAAAUUUGUGAACUUAUUAUGGGUAACAACAAAUAAAUGAUGUUGGAUCAUUAUCAUAAGUACAGUUAAUGAAAUAGUUAGAAAAAGAAUGUAAAAGCUGUAAUAAAACAUUUAGAAUAGAUAAGUUCUGUUUUGUAUUUUUGUAAUAAAUAAUGUCGAAAUAUUUUGAAAAACCAAUAAUGAAAUAGUUAAAAUUAGUUAAAAAAUCAAUAAAAAUGUAAGAAAUCACUUAAAAAUAGGUAAAUAUUGUUUUUUACUUCAGUUAUAAGAGAAUAAACUAGAUUUUGAUAUGCGCUUUAAAAGCGUGAGAUGACUUAUAUUAUGAAAAUGCAAUACAAAUGUAUCAAAUGCUUGGUUAGAGAUGCUAAAAUAAGUAAAUUCGCUCAGUUUAAACAUGUUCCAUUUAAAUCUUGAACCACUAAGAGCUAUAAAAUUUUAAAAUCUAAUAAAAUUGUCUAUUUAGACCACGAUAAUUAUAUUAAUCUUUUUUAGAUUCGCUUAAUCAUAUUUGAUAUUUUUGGUUAGAUAUGCUUUUUUUUUUGUCACAAUGGUUAGAUAUGCUAAAAUAAGCAAAUCCUCUCUGUUUAAACAUGUCCCAUUUAAAAUUUCAACCGCAAAGAACUAUUAAAUUUUAAGAUCUAAUAAGGUUGUCUAUUUAGACCAUGAUAAUUAUAUUGCCCUUUUAAGAUCCGCUUAGACCUAUUUUAAUUUUUUUUUCAAAAUUCCAAAACUUUUUUUUUUGAAAAUACAUUAAAAAGUUUUUUUAAUUGUUUGUAAUUAUAUUGGAAAAAUUAAAAAAAAAUUGACAAAAAUUUGGAAAACAGAAAAAAAUCAUGGUAGGUGCCAUCAUGAUUUGGAGAUUUAUUUUCGACAUAAUGAUCUCGAUAUUAAGAGCUGGGUAGAUAUGGAUUUUAUGGUAAUUAUAGUAAGCAGUUGAUGGCUUUAUUAUAAGAA